AUGACCGGAACGGACGUCGAGAAGAAGGGGUCUGGCUCACCUGCGCCGCCAGAGCUUCCCCGCCAGCUCAUCUUCGUCCUCGCUCUCUCGGCAGUGAGCGCCGUCACUCGACCUCCACCGGGUGCGACAUGGGACGGCGGGGCCGCGUGGCUCGACUCACUGCUCAAGAUCCUCGGACUCGACAAGGACUGCGUUCCGCCCGACGUUGAACCGGCCUAUGUGACUGCAGCUGCAAGAGAGCUGAACGAAUGGAGCGGCGCGGAGGAGCGAGCGCUCGCACAGACCUUAGUACACGCCUCGCUGGCUACAGGCAGCGACGAGAAGAAGCUAGCGUACACCGCUAGCGAGCGAGCGAUGGCGCACCGCGCGCUUACGCUGCUGGGACUCGAUGCGGCCGACUUGCUACCCCGUGCCGAAUUGGACGUCAGCGAGAAGCUCAUGACGGCACUCGACAAAGAACACAAGGGGGAGGUCGAGGAGGCGCGCGAUAAGCAGAAGCACGGAUGGGGCGGUGCUCUGGGCCGUGGGCUAGUGAUCGCGGGUGGUGUCCUGCUCGGUGUCACCGGCGGCCUCGCCGCACCAGCUAUUGCCGCCUUGCUGGCAGGCACGGGGAUGGGCGCAAUCCUCGGAGCUUCAAUCGCGCCGAUCGUGGUCGGUACUUUGUUCGGACUCUCAGGAGGAGGCUUGGCUGGUUGGCGUGUAGCCGAGCGCUGGCGCGGCGUCGAGGAAUUCGAGUUCAUCGAGGUCGGAGCGGGCACGAAACCGACACCCGGCGAGGUUGCGGACCUGCUCGAGCGGCAAGCAGCAGCAACACACGAGGCUGCCCAGAGCGAGGUGUUAUUCGAGUUAGACGACGAGCUGGAGGCCGAAAAGAAGGAGGCGGAUGCCAAGCAGAAGGUGGAGGAGACUCUGGAUGCGCGGGCAGCCAAGCUCAAGGAGAUGAGCCUCCAGGCUGGUCUGACGGAGGCGCAGCCAGAGAAGGAGGCGCCAGCGAAGGACGCAGACGUGCAGGAUAUUGCUGCCGCGAAGCCAACUCCUCCGAGCUUGACAGCAACUGUCAUCAUUCCAGGUCUUCUGACAGUCGGGCGGAGCGAGGCUCUGGACCAGAAGGUGGAGGAGACUCUGGAUGCGCGGGCAGCCAAGCUCAAGGAGAUGAGCCUCCAGGCUGGUCUGACGGAGGCGCAGCCAGAGAAGGAGGCGCCAGCGAAGGACGCAGACGUGCAGGAUAUUGCUGCCGCGAAGCCAACUCCUCCGAGCUUGACAGCAACUGUCAUCAUUCCAGGUCUUCUGACAGUCGGGCGGAGCGAGGCUCUGGGUGCGUGGCGUGCGGUUUGCUCCCCUCACACCACGGUCUCUCUUGACACGCAAUCUACGCAUUCCGGCACGACAGGCACCACUGGCACGUCCAAGUCCGAAUCAGCUGCCGGGCUGAAGGACGGCCGCGACGUGUUCCUCCUGCGUUACGAGACGGAGCAGAUGCUGUCCACUGGCCGCGACCUGGAAGCCUGGAUAACGUCCAAGCUUCAGACGCUUGCUGGUACCGAGAUCCUGAAGCGCACAGCACUCGGUGCUUACUACGCCGCCCUCGCCCUGCCAGUCACAGUCUGGAAGACGACCUCACUCGUGCUCGACAACUCGUGGAGCAACGCUCAGGACCGCGCUAUCAAGGCCGGCAGGCUGCUGGGCGAAGUGCUGGCGCAGCGAAUUGGUACCUCUGUCGGCGCGCUGACUGUCCUUCAUGCCCUCCUUUAUCUCUCGACGAUUGAGGGGCCUCCGCUCGUCGAGUCGGCAUUCCUCGUUUCUCUCCCAUCUGCUCCUAGCACCACCGAAUGGGCCAAAAUCCGCAGCGUAGUCACCCGCCGUGUCGUGAACGGCUACUCCGGGCAUGACUUUGUGCUGGCUUCGAUUGUGCGAAUGCACGAGGUCGUCUCCCGCGGCUUCACGGGGCAGAAUGGGGCUAGGGUCGCGGGCCUCGGACCUGUGGAGAAGAAGGGCAUAGAGGACAUCGAUCUGGGCGAUGUGCUCCAGGGCCACGGCGAGAUCAACGCCAAGGCGGCGGAGAUCGUGGACCUGCUCCGCAUCGACGACUAG